CUGUCUUCCUCUGCUGCCUGUCAUGGACAGACUGCCGUUUAUCUUUCUGCUCCUAUGGAUGUGCAGCUGCAGUGCCAAUGAGGUCCCUCAAAGACGGCAGAUAAACCAGAGAGAAGAAGUGGUUCUGACCUCCUGUGACUUCAACCAGGACAGUUCCCCGUUCUGCAGUUUCAGGCAGGACAACACAGACAACAGUGACUGGAUCAGACAUACGGGGGGAACUCCAACACCUAAUACUGGGCCCAGCGGAGAUUACCCGGAUGGAGAGGGUUACUACAUCUACCAUGAAGGUGACAACGUGUCCAACGGACAGAAAGCUCGUCUGUUGAGCCCGGCCUUUUCCACGGCCGCCUCUCAGAUUUGUGUCCAGUUUGUGUACUACAUGUACGGCACUGAUUAUACCAAUGUGCUGAGGGUUCUAAAAAAAACAGACAGUGCUGAGGAGGAGAUCUGGAAAAGGACCGGUUCAAUUAGCCCGUCGUGGCUGAAUGGUGCUGUUACCGUGUCCAAACCCAGCAGUCAAAGCGUCACUGUUGUGUUUGAGGCUCAGAGAGGCCUUUCUUCAUCAUGUGAUUCAGCUCUGGACAACAUUGUCAUCACAGAAGGAGCAUGUCUCACUUGUCUCUCCGGCUGUGAUUUCGACAAAAGUGGUGACCUGUGUGGAUGGGAGACUCAUGUAGACAAUCCUGAUGUGUACGGCUUCAUUCAGUGGUCUGGACAGACAGACACUCCAGGCACAGGACCUGACGAUGACUUCUCCACACCUGGAGGCGGACAGUACAUGUUGAUGGAUUCCUAUGAUACCAUGCCUGGAGAGAGUGCUCAACUCAGAAGUCCUGUAAUAACCAACAGUGACGGAUGUUUGGAGCUCACCUUCUAUUACUACCUUUAUGGCACCAGCACCACCAUGAAGAUCAGCGUUCACACCAUCACAGAUGUAAACCCUGGACCCGCACUCUUUGAGGUCACGGGGAACCAAGGUCAAGGCUGGAAGCUUGCCACCGUCCAGUAUAAGGGAACUUCUGCCCCGAGGUUUGUAAUUAUGGGAACCUAUGGAGAAACCCCUGAGACAGACAUUGCUAUUGAUGCUGUGUGCAUUACAACCUGCAAAGCCCAACCGCCAACUUCAGAACCCUCUACACCUAAACCACCAACUCCAGAACCAUCCACACCAAAGCCACCAACUCCUGAAGUGACAACCAAACCUCCAAAACCCUGCCCUCCUAACGCUGAGUACAUAGAGUGUGGUCCAGCUUGUAUCCCGACCUGUCAAGAACCAUCCACCAACUGUUCUGGUUCCUGUAUCAGCGGAUGUUUCUGUAAACCGGGCUUCGUCUUUAAGGGACCUCGCUGUGUACCAAUAGAGAAAUGUGGCUGUCUGGAUGAGGAUGGUAACUACUAUGAGCCUGGCGAGGUUGUACUUGGAGACGGUUGUUCAAAACUCUGCCGCUGUGUUGGGAACUACACUCUGGAAUGCACGGAUAACUCCUGCGACCCUUCUGAGGAAUGUCGAGAGGUGAACGGUGUUCCAGGCUGUUAUCCUAAAGACACAUCCACCUGCAUAGCAUCAGGAGAUCCUCACUACACCACCUUUGACAAGCACAGAUACGAUUUCAUGGGAAACUGCAGCUAUUUGAUGUCAGGAAUCUGCAACGCCACAAGUCUACCCUUCUUUGAGGUCCAUGCGGACAAUGAAAACCGAUACAACAGUCCCACCAUCUCCUACCUGAAGGCAGUGCACGUGUAUGUGCACAUGGUGAAGAUCUCCAUACUCAAAGGAGGCGUUGUGCAGGUGAAUGGGACCAAUGUCAACCUACCGUUGAACCCUGCCCCCGAAGUGUCUGUGUUCCAGUCAGGGAAGCAUUACACCGUUUCCAUGACCUUUGGUGUCACUGUUCGCUACGAUGGAAACCACUUCAUGGACAUCAAAGUCAUCAAAGACUACCAGGACAAGUUAUGUGGACUGUGUGGGGACUACAAUGGAAAUUCCAAAGAUGACUUCCAAAAACCAGAUGGAACCAUGACCAAUGACGCCAACGAGUUUGGACACAGCUGGAACACUGAUCCAGAGUGUAAUAAGCAACCCAACGCCACCAUCCCUGGAUGUGAACCAGGAGAACAGGAACUGUAUGAGGGUUACUGUGGAAUCCUGCUGGACAAAAAUGGUCCCUUCGCAGUGUGCCACGGCAAAGUCAACCCCAACAACUACUUCCAGGAUUGUUUGUUUGACUUGUGUGAGCUGGAGGGAGCCAAACCCAUUCUGUGUGAAGCCAUUGAAGCCUACGUCAACGAGUGUCAAGACCGUGGAGUUGACAUUGGACCCUGGAGGAACGAAACCUUCUGCCCUCUGAAGUGUCCCCCCAACAGCCACUAUGAGCCCUGUGCUGACCCCUGUCAGGACACCUGCUCUGGAAAGCCCUCCUCAUGUGGGGGGGCCUGCUCUGAGGGAUGUGUGUGUGAUCCUGGCUACGUCCUGAGUGCUGGCAAAUGUGUAAAGAGGGAGUCGUGCGGCUGCAAACACACCAACGGCCAGUAUUAUGAGCCCGGAGAGGAGUUUUAUGUGGAGGACUGUAAGCUCAAGUGCAGGUGUGAUUCCCCCUUUGUCACCUGUGUGGCCUCUGACUGUCCCCCAAUGCAUGAGUGCAAAAUGCAGGAUGGAAAGUUGGGCUGCUACCCAUCAAGCUUUCAGGACUGCAUUGUCUCUGGAGAUCCUCACUACAACACAUUUGACAAGAAUUACUACACCUUCAUGGGAACCUGCACCUACACAUUAGCAAGAACAUGCAGGAAUGACUCCGAUCCCUGGUUCUCUGUGGAGGGGAAGAAUGAAGAGCGAGGGGUGUCAGGAGUGUCCUACCUGAAGAAACUCUAUGUCACCGUCAACAACAUCACAGUGACCCUGAUGAAGUCCAGGACAACUCUGGUGAACGGCAAGCGUGUGGCCUUCCCUCACAACCCCUCCCCACUCAUGUCCCUCAGUCUUUCCGGUCAGUACGUCAUCCUGCAGACCACCUUUGGCCUGAGGGUGCGCUGGGAUGGAAAUCAUCACGCCCAGAUCUCCGUCCCCAGCUCCUACCACGACCAGAUGUGCGGCCUCUGUGGUGACUAUGACGGGAACGCAGGCAACGACUUCACCAAACCGGACGGAACUCCAGCAGGAAAUGUCAACGAUUUUGGGAACAGCUGGCAGACAGAGGAGGACGAGGAUGAAUGGUGUAGCCCAGGAACAACGCCUGACCUAGACUGUGACCCUGAACUGGAGGCUGAGGUGACCAAACCAGACAAGUGUGGAAAAAUAGAAGAUCCUUCUGGACCCUUCAGAGAGUGUAUUGGUGUGGUGGACCCUGAACCGUUCUUCCAGAGUUGUGUGUACGACAUGUGUCAGUUCAACGGGGAGCUGCAUGUUCUGUGUGACCAGCUCCAAGCCUACACUGACGCCUGCCAAAGCGCCGGAGUCACCGUCCACCACUGGAGGGCUCCAGACUUCUGCCCCCUGGACUGUCCUGCUAACAGCUCGUACUCUCUGUGCGUGAGCUCGUGUCCUGAGACCUGCCUGGGCGUGGUCGGCUCCCCCGGCUGUGAGGACGUGUGUGUGGAGGGCUGUGAGUGUGACCCAGGAUUCAUCCUCAGUGAUGACAAAUGUGUGCCCCUGAAGGACUGUGGCUGCGUGGACACCAGUGGAACCUACCACCCUGUGGACGAUGAGUGGCUGUUGGAGGGCUGUGAGCAGAACUGUGAAUGUCUCAGUGGAGGACAGAUCCUGUGCUACGACGUCAGCUGUAAUCCAUUGACUGACGUAUGCCAGCUGGAAGACGGACUGUAUGAAUGUCGCCCUCUGCCAACUGAAAGGCCAAGUACUCCCAACCCCCCAACUAUUGAUCCAUCUACCCCCAAACCACCAACUCCUGGCCCAUCCACGCCAAAACCACCAACUCCUGGCCCAUCCACGCCAAAACCACCAACUCCUGGCCCAUCCACGCCAAAACCACCAACUCCUGGCCCAUCCACACCAAAACCACCAACUCCUGGCCCAUCCACGCCAAAACCACCAACUCCUGGCCCAUCCACACCAAAACCACCAACUCCUGGCCCAUCCACACCAAAACCACCAACUCCUGGCCCAUCCACGCCAAAACCACCAACUCCUGGCCCAUCCACACCAAAACCACCAACUCCUGGCCCAUCCACGCCAAAACCACCAACUCCUGGCCCAUCCACACCGAAACCACCAACUCCUGGCCCAUCCACGCCAAAACCACCAACUCCUGGCCCAUCCACGCCAAAACCACCAACUCCUGGCCCAUCCACGCCAAAACCACCAACUCCUGGCCCAUCCACGCCAAAACCACCAACUCCUGGCCCAUCCACACCAAAACCACCAACUCCUGGCCCAUCUACACCUGAAGUCACAACCAAACCACCAAACCCCUGUCCUCCUAACGCUGAGUACAUAGAGUGUGGUCCAGCUUGUAUCCCGACCUGUCAAGAACCAUCCACCAACUGUUCUGGUUCCUGUAUCAGCGGAUGUUUCUGUAAACCGGGCUUCGUCUUUAAGGGACCUCGCUGUGUGCCAAUAGAGAAAUGUGGGUGUCUGGAUGAGGAUGGUAACUACUAUGAGCCUGGCGAGGUUGUACUUGGAGACGGUUGUUCAAAACUCUGCCGCUGUGCUGGAAACUACACUCUGGAAUGCACAGAUAACUCCUGCGACCCUUCUGAGGAAUGCCGAGAGGUGAACGGUAUUCCAGGCUGUUAUCCUAAAGACACAUCCACCUGCAUAGCAUCAGGAGAUCCUCACUACACCACCUUUGACAAGCGCAAAUACAACUUCAUGGGAAACUGCAGCUAUGUGAUGUCAGGAAUCUGCAACGCCACAAGUCUGCCCUUCUUUGAGGUCCAUGCUGACAAUGAAAACCGAUACAACAGUCCCACCAUCUCCUAUCUGAAGGCUGUGCACGUGUAUGUGCACAUGGUGAAGAUCUCCAUACUCAAAGGAGGCGUUGUGCAGGUGAAUGGGACCAAUGUCAACCUACCGGUGAACCCCACCCCCGAAGUGUCUGUGUUCCAGUCAGGGAAACAUUACACCGUUUCCAUGACCUUUGGUGUCACUGUCCGCUACGAUGGAAACCACUUCAUGGACAUCAAAGUCAUCAAAGACUACCAGGACAAGUUAUGUGGACUGUGUGGGGACUACAAUGGAAAUUCCAAAGAUGACUUCCAAAAACCAGAUGGAACCAUGACCAAUGACGCCAACGAGUUUGGACACAGCUGGAACACUGAUCCAGAGUGUAAUAAGCAACCCAACGCCACCAUCCCUGGAUGUGAACCAGGAGAACAGGAACUGUAUGAGGGUUACUGUGGAAUCCUGCUGGACAAAAACAGUCCCUUUGCAGUGUGCCACGGCAAAGUCAACCCCAACAACUACUUCCAGGAUUGUUUGUUUGACUUGUGUGAGCUAGAGGGAGCCAAACCCAUUCUGUGUGAAGCCAUUGAAGCCUACGUCAACGAGUGUCAAGACCGUGGAGUUGACAUUGGACCCUGGAGGAACGAAACCUUCUGCCCACUGAAGUGUCCCUCCAACAGCCACUAUGAGCCCUGUGCUGACCCCUGUCAGGACACCUGCUCUGGAAAGCCCUCCUCCUGUGGGGGGGCCUGCUCUGAGGGAUGUGUGUGUGAUCCUGGCUACGUCCUGAGUGCUGGCAAAUGUGUUAAGAGUGACUCGUGUGGCUGCAAACACACCAACGGCCAGUAUUAUGAGCCUGGAGAGGAGUUUUAUGUGGAGGACUGUAAGCUCAAGUGCAGGUGUGAUUCCCCCUUUGUCACCUGUGUGGCCUCUGACUGUCCCCCAAUGCAUGAGUGCAAACUGCAGGAUGGAGAGUUGGGCUGCUACCCAUCAAGCAUUCAGGACUGCAUUGUCUCUGGAGAUCCUCACUACAACACGUUUGACAAAAAGUUCUACAGCUUCAUGGGAACCUGCACCUACACUUUGGCCAGAACAUGCAGGAAUGACUCAAAUCCCUGGUUCUCUGUGGAGGGGAAGAAUGAAGAGCGAGGAGCGUCAGGAGUGUCCUACCUGAAGAAACUCUAUGUCACCGUCAACGACAUCACAGUGACCCUGAUGAAGUCCAAGAGGACUCUGGUGAACGGCAAGCGCGUGGCCUUCCCUCACAACCCCUCCCCACUCAUGUCCCUCAGUCUUUCCGGUCAGUACGUCAUCUUGCAGACCACCUUUGGCCUGAGGGUGCGCUGGGAUGGAAAUCAUCACGCCCAGAUCUCCGUCCCCAGCUCCUACCACGACCAGAUGUGCGGCCUCUGUGGUGACUAUGACGGGAACGCAGGCAACGACUUCACCAAACCGGACGGAACUCCAGCGGGAAAUGUCAACGACUUUGGGAACAGCUGGCAGACAGAGGAAGACGAGGAUGAAUGGUGUAGCCCAGGUACAACGCCUGACCUAGACUGUGACCCUGAACUGGAGGCUGAGGUGAUCAAACCAGACAAGUGUGGAAAAAUAGAAGAUCCUUCUGGACCCUUCAGAGAGUGUAUUGGUGUGGUGGACCCUGAACCGUUCUUCCAGAGUUGUGUGUACGACAUGUGUCAGUUCAACGGGGAGCUGCAUGUUCUGUGUGACCAGCUCCAAGCCUACACUGACGCCUGCCAAAGCGCCGGAGCCACCGUCCACCACUGGAGGGCUCCAGACUUCUGCCCCCUGGACUGUCCUGCUAACAGCUCGUACUCUCUGUGCGUGAGCUCGUGUCCUGAGACCUGCCUGGGCGUGAUCGGCUCCCCCGGCUGUGAGGACGUGUGUGUGGAGGGCUGUGAGUGUGACCCAGGAUUCAUCCUCAGUGAUGACAAAUGUGUGCCCCUGAAGGACUGUGGCUGCGUGGACACCAGUGGAACCUACCACCCUGUGGACGAUGAGUGGCUGUUGGAGGGCUGUGAGCAGAGCUGUGAGUGUCUCAGUGGAGGACAGAUCCAGUGCCACAACACCAGCUGUAAUCCAGUGACUGAGGUCUGCCAGCUGCAGGACGGACUCUAUGAAUGUCGCCCUCUGGCAACUCAAAAACCAUCUACACCAAAACCACCAACUCCGGAACCAUCUACACCUAAAGUAACAACUGCUGCUCCAGUCACAACCAAACCACCAAAACCCUGCCCUCCUAACGCUGAGUACAUAGAGUGUGGUCCGGCUUGUAUCCCGACCUGUCAAGAACCAUCCACCAACUGUUCUGGUUCCUGUAUCAGCGGAUGUUUCUGUAAACCAGGGUUCGUCUUUAAGGGACCUCGCUGUGUACCAAUAGAGAAAUGUGGGUGUCUGGAUGAGGAUGGUAACUACUAUGAGCCUGGCGAGGUUGUACUUGGAGACGGUUGUUCAAAACUCUGCCGCUGUGCUGGGAACUACACUCUGGAAUGCACGGAUAACUCCUGCGACCCUUCUGAGGAAUGCCGAGAGGUGAACGGUAUUCCAAGCUGUUAUCCUAAAGACACAUCCACCUGCAUAGCAUCAGGAGAUCCUCACUACACCACCUUUGACAAGCACAGAUACGAUUUCAUGGGAAACUGCAGCUAUGUGAUGUCAGGAAUCUGCAACACCACAAGUCUACCCUUCUUUGAGGUCCAUGCGGACAAUGAAAACCGAUACAACAGUCCCACCAUCUCCUACCUGAAGGCUGUGCACGUGUAUGUGCACAUGGUGAAGAUCUCCAUACUCAAAGGAGGCGUUGUGCAGGUGAAUGGGACCAAUGUCAACCUACCGUUGAACCCUGCCCCCGAAGUGUCUGUGUUCCAGUCAGGGAAGCAUUACACCGUUUCCAUGACCUUUGGUGUCACUGUUCGCUACGAUGGAAACCACUUCAUGGACAUCAAAGUCAUCAAAGACUACCAGGACAAGUUAUGUGGACUGUGUGGGGACUACAAUGGAAAUUCCAAAGAUGACUUCCAAAAACCAGAUGGAACCAUGACCAAUGACGCCAACGAGUUUGGACACAGCUGGAACACUGAUCCAGAGUGUAAUAAGCAACCCAAUGCCACCAUCCCUGGAUGUGAACCAGGAGAACAGGAACUGUAUGAGGGUUACUGUGGAAUCCUGUUGGAUAAGAACGGUCCCUUCGCAGUGUGCCAUGGCAAAGUCAACCCCAACAACUACUUCCAGGAUUGUUUGUUUGACUUGUGUGAGCUGGAGGGAGCCAAACCCAUUCUGUGUGAAGCCAUUGAAGCCUACGUCAACGAGUGUCAAGACCGUGGAGUUGACAUUGGACCCUGGAGGAACGAAACCUUCUGCCCUCUGAAGUGUCCUCCCAACAGCCACUAUGAGCCCUGUGCUGACCCCUGUCAGGACACCUGCUCUGGAAAGCCCUCCUCCUGUGGGGGGGCCUGCUCUGAGGGAUGUGUGUGUGAUCCUGGCUACGUCCUGAGUGCUGGCAAAUGUGUAAAGAGGGAGUCGUGCGGCUGCAAACACACCAACGGCCAGUAUUAUGAGCCUGGAGAGGAGUUUUAUGUGGAGGACUGUAAGCUCAAGUGCAGGUGUGAUUCCCCCUUUGUCACCUGUGUGGCCUCUGACUGUCCCCCAAUGCAUGAGUGCAAACUGCAGGAUGGAGAGUUGGGCUGCUACCCAUCAAGCUCUCAGGACUGCAUUGUCUCUGGAGAUCCGCACUACAACACAUUUGACAAGAAGUACUACAGCUUCAUGGGAACCUGCACCUACACUUUGGCCAGAACAUGCAGGAAUGACUCAGAUCCCUGGUUCUCUGUGGAGGGGAAGAAUGAAGAGCGAGGAGCGUCAGGAGUGUCCUACCUGAAGAAACUCUAUGUCACCGUCAACGACAUCACAGUGACCCUGAUGAAGUCCAAGAGGACUCUGGUGAACGGCAAGCGCGUGGCCUUCCCUCACAACCCCUCCCCACUCAUGUCCCUCAGUCUUUCCGGUCAGUACGUCAUCUUGCAGACCACCUUUGGCCUGAGGGUGCGCUGGGAUGGAAAUCAUCACGCCCAGAUCUCCGUCCCCAGCUCCUACCACGACCAGAUGUGCGGCCUCUGUGGUGACUAUGACGGGAACGCAGGCAACGACUUCACCAAACCGGACGGAACUCCAGCGGGAAAUGUCAACGACUUUGGGAACAGCUGGCAGACAGAGGAAGACGAGGAUGAAUGGUGUAGCCCAGGAACAACACCUGACCUAGACUGUGACCCUGAACUGGAGGCUGAGGUGACCAAACCAGACAAGUGUGGAAAAAUAGAAGAUCUUUCUGGACCCUUCAGAGAGUGUAUUGGUGUGGUGGACCCUGAACCGUUCUUCCAGAGUUGUGUGUACGACAUGUGUCAGUUCAACGGGGAGCUGCAUGUUCUGUGUGACCAGCUCCAAGCCUACACUGACGCCUGCCAAAGCGCCGGAGCCACCGUCCACCACUGGAGGGCUCCAGACUUCUGCCCCCUGGACUGUCCUGCUAACAGCUCGUACUCUCUGUGCGUGAGCUCGUGUCCUGAGACCUGCCUGGGCGUGGUCGGCUCCCCCGGCUGUGAGGACGUGUGUGUGGAGGGCUGUGAGUGUGACCCAGGAUUCAUCCUCAGUGAUGACAAAUGUGUGUCCCUGAAGGACUGUGGCUGCGUGGACACCAGUGGAACCUACCACCCUGUGGACGAUGAGUGGCUGUUGGAGGGCUGUGAGCAGAGCUGUGAGUGUCUCAGUGGAGGACAGAUCCAGUGCCACAACACCAGCUGUAAUCCAGUGACUGAGGUCUGCCAGCUGCAGGACGGACUGUAUGAAUGUAGCCCUCUGGAAAAUGGCAUUUGCUCUGUUUCUGGUGACCCUCACUACACCACGUUUGACAAACGCACCCACCACUACAUGGGAGCCUGCUCCUACACCCUGACCAAACUCUGCAACAGCUCCUCCGACCUGCCACACUUCACUGUGGACACUCAGAAUGAGCACAGAGGCAGCAAUACCAAAGUCUCCUACGUCAGAGCCGUGGUGAUCAACGUGUACGGCAUGACUGUCGUCUUCGGCAAGGGCCGCUCUGUCCAGGUCAACGGGACAGUGGUGGUCCCACCUGUCAGCUCCAUCAGCGGAGUGAAGAUAUACUUCAGUGGAAAGUUUGUGGUGUUGGAGGCCUCUUUUGGCCUGAGAGUGCGAUUUGAUGGAAACCACCAUGCAGACGUCACUUUGCCUUCCUCCUACAGCGGCCUCCUCUGCGGCAUGUGUGGAAACUUUAACGACAACCCAACCGAUGACAACCUGAAACCGGACAACACUCCGGCAGCAAACUCCAACGAGCUGGGAGACAGCUGGGCGGUGCCUGACCCGCGACCAGACUGCACAAAUGGAGGAGGACAGGAGGAGUGUGAUGAGAAGGUGGAGGAGGAAGCCCAGAAGCCCACCAGCUGUGGAAUGAUCACUGAUCCCAAUGGUAUCUUUAAGCCCUGCCAUGCCGUGGUUCCACCUGAGCCCUACUUUGAAAACUGCGUGUACGACAUGUGUGCCACCGGGGGUCAGACAGUGGCUCUGUGCCAGGCUCUCGAGAGCUACGCCGACAUAUGUGCUGCUGCAGGCGUCAACAUCCCGUGGAGAAACAGCACCUUCUGCCCUCUAAAAUGCCCCACGGGCAGUCAUUACACUCCAUGCGGCCCUGCCUGCCCCCAGCCCAGUUGCCAGGAGCCCGAGAGCUCCGGAGACUCCUGCGACCUGCCCUGCGUGGAGGGCUGUGUCUGCAACGACGGUCUGAUCCUCAGCGGGGACAAGUGCGUCCCGCUGAGUGAGUGUGGCUGCACGGACGAGGAUGGACAGUACAGACCCGUUGGAGACAGCUGGUUUACGGAGACUGACUGCUCGGAGCGUUGCAAGUGCAACGGCAACCACAACAUCAGCUGCGAGCCGUGGCAGUGCAGCCCUGCGCAGGAGUGCAAGGUGGUGGAGGGCGUGCUGGAUUGCCACUCCACAGGUAAAGGAGUUUGCCAUGUGGCUGGAGAUCCGCACUACUACACUUUUGAUGGCAUAAUGCACACAUUCAUGGGAACUUGCACGUACACACUGGUGGAGGUGUGCAACAAAACUCAGGUCACAGACUUCCGAGUGGUGGCUAAGAACGAGGAGCGAGGUCAACCGGAGGCGUCCUACGUCCGCUCAGUCAAAGUCUUCCUGCCUCACGACACUGAGGUGGAGCUGCAGAAAGGCCGCAGAGUCCUGCUGAACGGGCGCCGAGUGCGGACACCCUUGACCAUUGACACGAUUGGAGCCAAAGUGAUAACCAGUGGAUCCUACAGCUUGCUGGAUACCAACUUUGGCCUGCAGGUGAAGUUUGAUGGAGUCCACCACUUGGAGAUCACGGUUCCUGGAGAGUAUUUCAACAAGUUGUGUGGCAUGUGUGGGAACUACAACCACGACUCCACUGAUGACAACCUCAAGCCAGACAAGCAGCCAGCCAAAGAUGUGAUUGAACUGGGCAACAGCUGGAAAUCUGAAGGAGACAGCGAUCCGGGCUGUCAGCCGGACAACCGUCCGGACGUACAUCCCAACUGCACUGCAGAGGAAGAGGAGCAGUUCAAGGCCCAGUGUGAGCAGGUCAUCCUCUCCUCCAGCUUCAGACCCUGCCACUCCGUGGUGUCCCCGGACGCUUUCUUGGGUAACUGCAUCUACGACAUGUGCGAGUACAACGGCAUGCAGGCGACCCUGUGUGACAACGUGGAGGCGUACGCUCAGGCCUGCCAGAGCGCCGGGGUCACCAUCACAUGGAGGAACAGCACCUUCUGCCCCCUGCCUUGCCCUCCUAAUAGCCACUACUCCGACUGCACCGCCCCCUGUCCGCCGACCUGCUCUGACCUCUUCCCCAUAUUCUGUCACCUGCCUCCAACCGCCUGCGUGGAGGGAUGCGAGUGCAACGCCGGCUACGUCCUCAGUGACGGCAAGUGCGUUUCUCUGGAUAAAUGUGGCUGCGUGGGCUCAGAUGGAGAGUAUCAUGACGUGGGGGACUCAUGGCUGACUGACAAAUGCCAAGAAUCCUGUACCUGCAACCUCGGGGGGCAAAUCACAUGUGAAGACCACAGCUGUGACGACAACUCUGUGUGCGGCCCAGACAAGUUUGGAGACGUCAACUGCCAGCCCACCAAGUUUGAUAGAUGCACCGUCUCUGGAGACCCUCACUACCGGACGUUCGAUGGCUUCACCCACCACUACCAGGGCCCUUACACCUACGUCCUCACUCAGGACCACAACCUGCAGGGCUCCCUGAAACCCCUGAUGGUGAGGGGCAAGAACCUCAGACGAGGGGGGAACAAGAGAGUGUCCUUCCUGGAUGAGAUGUACGUCAACGUCUACGGUGUUGAUGUUCGCUUCCUGCAGAAGAAAACUGUCCUGGUCAACGGGGAGCGGGUCACCCCACCUCUAAGUCCAGUCAGGGGUCUCACCAUCACAAUGAACUCCAAGCAGAUGCAGCUCACCACCGACUUCGGACUCACUGUGCGCUUUGACGGCAAAAGUCGAGGAGAGGUCAUCCUGCCCAGAACCUACAGCAACUCUGUCAGAGGUCUGUGUGGGAACUACGAUGGCAUCACCAGGAACGAGUACAUGAAGCCCGAUGGGACCGUGGUCAGGGACCUGAACGAGUUUGGGGACAGCUGGAGGGUCAGCGAACGACAAGCUCCGGAACUGGGGAGCUUCCAGCUUCCUUCUGUCGCUCGCAUCCACAGGCGAGACACGGAGACAGAUCCAGACUCUGGGUUUGAGACCUCCGACUGCUCUCAGUCUGAGCUCGACGACUACACCAGUGUGACAAAAUGCGGAGCCCUGUCUGACCCAGAGGGUCCCUUCUCCGCCUGCCACGCCGCCCUGCCGCCCCAGAUUUACCAGGACGAUUGUGUGUUUGACCUGUGCGCUGAGGACGGCAGCGAGGAGCUGCGCUGUGCCAGUUACGAGGCAUAUGCUACCAUCUGCCAGGAGGCCGGCGUCAAACUGGGGUCCUGGAGGCAGCAGCUUGGCUGUGCCCUCCCUUGUCCCGCCAACAGCACUUACACCGCCUGCAUGUCGCCCUGCCCGUCAUCCUGCGCCGACCUAGCAGCACCGUCCGAGUGUGACGCCACGGCCUGUGUGGAAGGGUGCCAGUGCGCCGCCGGCUUCGUCAUGAGCGAGGGAGCCUGUGUGCCGUACCCAGAGUGUGGCUGCACCUUCCUGGACAGAUACUACCCACUGAAUGAGAACUUCGUGACUGAAGACUGUUCCCAGUCCUGUGUGAGCACGAGCAUCGGAGCUGUGUGCCAACCCAAAACCUGCCAGGCUGGCUACGUCUGCACCAUCUAUGACUUCAGGCGAGAUUGCUACAGAGUGAGCCCCUGCCUCAGCUCCCCCUGUCUGAAUGGAGGAACGUGCACGGAGGCUGGCAACAACACCUACACCUGUGAGUGCCCAGAGGGCUUCCAGGGCUCCGACUGCGAAGAGGAGAUCACUCCUCCUGGAGAGACCCCCUGCCUCAGCAACCCCUGUCUGAACGGAGGAACGUGCACAGAGGGUGGAAACAACACCUACACCUGUGAGUGCCCAGAGGGCUUUGAGGGCACAAACUGUGAGAGGGAGGACAUCCGGCCGGGAGGACUGGAAACCAAGUGGAUCAUCCUGAUCGCCGUCCUGGCCUCGGUGGUUGUCGUCGCCGUCAUAGUCACCGUUGUGUGCGUUCUAAAAAAGAGAUCCAAGAAGAAGAAGAUGAAGUUGAAUGAUGGAUCCUACAGCAUGAAAUCAUCAAAAGGUGUUCCAUAUGAAAACAUGGAAGACUCAGUUUCUAUCAAAACCACAACUAACAAAACAGACAGCGAUGAUGAAGACUCACAUGAGGAAGAGGAUGGUAAAACAACACCGCUGUGAUGCACCUGAAUCCAUCAGUCUUUUCUGCACUUCUAUGGUUUUUGUUUCUUAACUUAUAUUUUGACAACAUUGUUUUUGGCUAAUGUUAGUGUUUCCUCUGAAAAAUGAUGUCAUAAAAAAUGCAGGAACUUUAUCGAUCAAACGUCAACAAACAAGACAGUUUGUGUGUUUCUUGUGCUGCAAGCAUCUAUGCAUUCUUGAUUACCUCUUUGUUUAAUUCUAAUUUAAAAAACUGUUUAUAUUAACUUAUAUAUAUAUAUAUAUAUUUAAACAGUAAUUCAUUGAAUUGUUCUCUGGACCGUCCGUUUUCUUCAAUAGAAAGUGUUUCAGUGUCUCAUGAUUCAGUUUUCAUAUUAUUCCAUAAAAUCAACAGAUGAUUUAUUUUUGAAAUAAAACAAAGUUUGCAUAUAAA